AUGAGUUCAGGUUCUCUCAAAGAGGCCGCAAAAGGCCUCACUGCUGUCUUCGGUUUUUCGACACCGCCGCCCUAUCCACUCCCCGACGAAGUUCAAGAUGCAGUCGACAGCUACUUGGACAAGCACAAAGAAUCCGACGCCCAUGAGUCCCAGCGCGUACAAGAUGAGCUCCUCUCCAUCUUUCACCGAAACGUCACGGAUCAACCUGAAAAACAACUAGCGUUUCUGAAUGCUUUGGCGCUGUUGCGGCCUGCAAUUCAAGGGACAGAAAGAUGGCUGGAGUGGUGGGACCUGAUCAUUCGGAGGACAGUCACGGCGCUGGGACAAGAAAAAGCGGUGGUUGAGGAAACCAGAAGGCUGCUGCUCAGUAUUUUGGUCUAUGACAAAGACGAGGACCCGAAUGGAGAGCGAGCGCAAGCCUCGGCCGUCUUUGCGCAAAAGCUGCUCGAGGCUUAUCUCGACCGGACUCGGCUUCACGUUGUGGGCGAGAAUGUGAAUCCGGCCGAACAGGAGGCCAAUCACUUUGUGUCGGACCAUCUAGAGUCAAUCCUCGUGGAUUUUGGGAAGAGGAAACCAAAGGAAUUUAUGGAUGCAGUUGACAUCCUAGUGGUGAACAAGAAUCAGCGAGUUCAAGCUUUGAGCCUUCUUUGUGCAUUCGUCCGAUGCCAGCCCCCACACCUUUACGAAGUUUCGCAGACCGCCUUGAUCGAACAUUUACUCAAGUGCCUGAUGAUCGAUACCUCCACGACGGUUGUGUCCCUGGCGCUUACGACUUUGGUCAUGUUUCUACCCCACAUUCCGAGCUCUCUUGUCAACUACUUGCCUCGACUCUUUGUUGUGUACAGUCGGGUGCUCUGCUGGGAAGCGCAAAACGGUCAAACCGCAAUUGAUGGACACGAUAGCGAGAAGGACGACGGAUACUCUAGCAGCCCAGAGAUGGCGAGGAAUUCAGAAUAUACGGAUCCAUCUUGGGACAAGUUGGAGAAUUCCUUUGGAAAAAUGGGCUCCAUGACACCCGAGUUGGCUCACUACUUCACCUUCCUUUACGGCCUGUAUCCUCUCAACUUUAUGAACUUUAUUCGGCAGCCCUACGUGUAUUUGGAGAAUUUCGGGUUUAAAGAUGCCAAACUCUUGGAUCUUGAUCCAAAAGCAAUUCGAAACCGCAGUGAGCAAUUCCGGCAGAUGCACUUGCUCCAUCCAAACUUUUACAACCUGACUGCGGAAAUGGAGCUGGCGGAUAAUCGAUGGGUCAAGAGUGACCCGUCAGAUGUUGUCAUUGAAUGCAUGGGGCUGCAAUGCGCCGUGCUGCCUGCAACGGUGUUGAACGACCCUGGACCUCCCCCGACGUCUAAGCUUCCGGACAUUCCAGAGUCCAGCGUGCCCACGGAAGACAUUCCGGUCCAAAGUCUCCUCUCUGCCGAUGAGGGGGCUGAAAGUCCGGCCUCUCCUACAGACACCAGGACGAUUAGCUGGCGUAACACCCAAGUUACGUUGGUUCCAUCUCAUGCCGGUUCCCUCCCAAGCGACCAUCAUACUCCAACACCUGGUUCUCAUCGCCAAAGCCUGAACCAAGCUGGGUCGCGAACAGCGUCCCCGUAUCUGAAGCCCCGAGAUCCCAUCCUGGACAGUCCCACUCUGCCUCCACACACCACCACAACCGAAGUGACGACUCUUCAGACGCAAGGUCCACCUCGGAAGAACUCUGUUCAAAGCAACUACAGUGAAGGCGCUGCGUCGCUACGCGCUCUCAGUCUGCAGUCACCUCGUUUGGAAGCUUUCCCUCUGGCCCCCAGUCACAGCUACCACAAAGUCCCUCGCUCGCCAGCUAUCAGAGCGGCCUCAAUCGGCGGCGAAACCAGCGCAGCAUUCUUGCAACGCGAGGUCAUGCUCCUUCGUAACGAUCUCAAUUUUGAGAGGUAUCUGCGACAGCAACAUUUAUCCCACAUUGGCCAAUUACAACGUCGACAUAUCAAAGAAGCUACGGCCGAAGCCGAAACGCAGAGGCUUCUCAACACGAACCGCGCGUUAAAAGUCAAGCUCGAGGACGCGAAGCAAUCAUUUGCCAUGCUGAAAAAGGAAACUAUGACCAGCAAGCACAAUUCCAAAAAGUGGGAAGCCGAGUUGAAUAGCAAAGUACGCAUCCUGCGCGAGGAUCAAAAGCGAUGGAAAUCCGACGAAGACACGCUGCGUCGAGAACUCUCUGGCAUCCAAGUCGAAUGCGACCGUCUCCGCAAGCUCAUCGUGGACAGCGAAGCCCGUGAGUUCCGAGGCAGACAGCGUGUGCAGUCGAUUGAAACCAACAUGGAAGAAGUCGAAAACCUAAGGGCCGAAGUCGACAACCUGAACGCCAGGAUCCAAGAAUACCAAGCCAAGGAGGAUGAAGUGGAGCGCAUCAAGGUCCAAGACGAGGAUAUUCGAGUCCAGCUUGAGACUGUUAAUCUCAGGCUUAGAAGCCAAGAUACGGAGCGCGAGCGGGUUAAACGGGCAUACGAGCGCAGAGUUGCCGAUCUUGAAACAAUGGUUCAGUCUUCUCAGGCUCAGACUCCCGAUCAAAACUCCCCUGCUAUUCAGCACAUGCUGGACUCCGCCCUCGCCUCGAGCAGAAUGCGUUUCAACCAGCUCAAGAAGGCUCACAACCUGUUACUCAACCGAUAUACCGAGCUUGAGGUACGCCUACAAGACAUGCAAACUGGCGGUGGCGGCGCCGAAUUUGAUGACGAUCUUGCAUUUACGCUCAACACUCGACCGAUCGCUGGCUUCUCGAGCGCCUUGGACGGGCAUGCGCCUCUCCGAUCAUCUUCCAAGCAAGCCGGCUCAGCCAUGGCGCAACUUCCGGGGCCCCUACGGCGCCACCCCACUGCGCCUCCGGAUCUUUCUAAGAAUCCAGACGACUAUUAUGGAGGGGGAGACGACUACUAUACCUCCUCGCCGAGCUUAGCACCGUCGCCCGCAGCGGGCGGACCUGGGGAUGUACCUCGGCCACAGCGAUUCGAGUCGCUUCGCAAUCAUCACGGACACGGCCAUUACGCAUCUGGUGAUUCUAGUCCCGUCUAUGAUCGCUUUGACCGGCUUCAUCCAGCCAGUGGGCCAUCUUCGCGCAGUCAGUCCCGCACGGCGUACGACUCUCCGGCUGAAUCCACGGCGCCUCGCCUCUCCAGUGCAGGCAACAGUCGCCGCAGCUCUCUGUCUGGAGACCGAGCGAGCUCGGCCAAGGAUACUGGGAAAAUCGGACCUUUUUCGGAAGCAAGAGUGUACGGUCGAGGUGGCGUCCAAAAUAUCGGCAAGAGAGAAAAACCAAAAGAUGGGAAGAAGCGCGGUAUUCGUGCUCUCAUCGGGUAG